GUGGGGGCGCAGCUCCGCAAGCCGCGUGGGGUCGGUCCCUGAGGAGGCUUCGGUUUUUCGUAACAGCGAGAAGGCUGCGGGUGCGAUCUUUGUUCUUUUUGAGACAAAGCCCUUGAACUUGGGUCCUCACUUUGUGCAGGUCCGGGGGCUCGUUUGUGGAAGGCAUGUUCUGCGGGAGAGGGUUCAGUGCGUGAGGCUGCUGCUUCAGAGGGCUGCGAUUUGAAGCGCUCAGCACCCGAGCCGAGUAAAGCGAAUUUCAGAGAAGUCACAGCCAGUUAGCGGCAGAGCUGACGCUGGAAUGGAGAUGACUCCCAAGCUCUCCACACCACGAUGGUAGGAAAGGCGGUAAGCACAGGCUAAAAGAAUGAAAACAACUAGGAAUGUAACUUCAGCGAAUAAGAACAACCAAGGGAAGGCGACAGGGCCGCAGCACACGCGCCGACUGAAGCGCGUGGAAACGCCGCAAGGCGGCGGCGCCGGAAGCCGGGGCGCAGCUUCCGGUCCUCACGCCGGAAGUGGCUCGUCAGUGCCGGGGCUGGCUUUUCGUCGAGGAGGACGCUCUUGAGUUGGAGCUGUCGAUUGGCCACGAGGUGUCUGGAUCCUGCUUACCAGCGCGUCUGCAAGUCGAAAUGUCGCACCCGUCCCCCCAAGCUAAGCCCUCUAACCCCAGUAACCCUCGAGUCUUCUUUGACGUAGACAUCGGAGGGGAGCGAGUUGGUCGAAUUGUCUUAGAGUUGUUUGCAGACAUUGUACCCAAAACUGCAGAAAAUUUUCGUGCAUUGUGUACAGGAGAAAAAGGCAUUGGACCCACAACUGGGAAACCACUCCAUUUCAAAGGAUGCCCUUUCCAUCGAAUUAUUAAGAAAUUUAUGAUUCAGGGUGGAGACUUCUCAAAUCAGAAUGGGACAGGUGGAGAAAGUAUUUAUGGUGAAAAAUUUGAAGAUGAAAGUUUCUAUUAUAAGCAUGAUCGUGAGGGUUUAUUGAGCAUGGCAAAUGCAGGCCGCGAUACAAAUGGUUCUCAGUUCUUUAUUACAACAGUUCCAACUCCUCAUUUGGAUGGGAAACAUGUGGUGUUUGGCCAAGUAAUUAAAGGGAUAGGUGUGGCAAGGAUACUGGAAAAUGUAGAAGUGAAAGGUGAAAAACCUGCCAAGUUGUGUGUUAUUGCAGAAUGUGGAGAAUUGAAGGAAGGGGAUGAUUGGGGAAUAUUCCCCAAAGAUGGCUCUGGCGAUAGUCAUCCAGAUUUCCCUGAGGAUGCAGAUAUAGAUUUAAAAGAUGUAGAUAAAAUUUUAUUAAUAACAGAAGACUUAAAAAACAUUGGAAAUACUUUUUUCAAAUCCCAGAACUGGGAGAUGGCCAUUAAAAAAUAUGCAAAAGUUUUAAGAUAUUUGGAUGGUUCAAAGGUUGUUAUGGAGAAUGCAGAAAGAUCCAAGCUACAACCUGUAGCUUUAAGCUGUGUACUGAAUAUUGGUGCUUGUAAACUGAAGAUGUCAGAUUGGCAGGGAGCAAUUGACAGUUGUUUGGAGGCUCUUGAAAUAGACCCAUCAAAUACCAAAGCACUGUACCGCAGAGCUCAAGGAUGGCAAGGAUUAAAAGAAUAUGAUCAAGCAUUGGCUGAUCUUAAGAAAGCUCAGGAGAUAGCACCAGAAGAUAAAGCUAUCCAGGCGGAAUUGCUGAAAGUCAAACAAAAGAUAAAGGCACAGAAAGAUAAAGAGAAGGCAGUAUAUGCAAAAAUGUUUGCAUAAUGAUUCAAUUUUGCUUAAAUAUUAUGCAUUGAUUGUAUAAAGGCAAUAAGAAAAUGUAAUUGUCUCUUAUACAUGAUCCGUAAUGUGUUUCCUUUGACACAUCAGUACCCCAUUGUUUAUAAAGUUUAGGAAUGCUGAUGUGGGUUUGCUCUUAAUAAAAGUGUUACAAAAUACAGUGAGGUUGAUUUUUUUUUUUUUUUAAAUGGCUAUCUGCAUUGUUCCCAAAGAAUAGUGUCCAUCCUAUUUUUAAAGUCCUAAAGACAUAUCUUGUUGAAUAAAUAGAUGAAAGCUUAAAUUUGUAUAUUUAUUUUGUUCCUCUCAAUGUUUUGAUGUAUUUGUGGUUGGUUUGUGCUUGUGUUUAUACUUACAGAUAAUACAUACAUGUAUAUACCUGUUUAGGGGUUGGCAAACUUUCUGCAAAAGGCCAGAUAGUAAAAGUUUUAGGCUUUGUGGACCCGUGGACCACAUAGUCUGUCACAACUACUCACCUCUGCAGUUAUAACUUGAAAUUCGCCUUAGACAUUGCAUAACCAAUGGGCACUGUUUUAUUUCAAUAAAACUUUAUUCAUUUGAGUGGGAUGCUGACCCCUGGUCUAGAACAUUCAUUUUUAGACUCAAAGACUUAAAUUUGGAAAGUCAAUUGUAAAGUCCAACAGUGCAUUUUGCUGUUGGGACUGAAUCUUUGAAGAGCUAAGUAGAUGCAACAUAAUGUAUAGUU